GGUCAAAUUGCUUUCGCCACUGAUAAAAUUUCGGCUAUAUAAACAGGUCCUUACGUUCAAAAAGUAUCAGUGGUGAAAUUAUAACUGUAUCAACAUGUACACCAAAAUUCUUGCAUUCAGCGCCGUGUUGGCGGUGUCUUCCGCUGGUCUGCUGCCCGCAGCUCACUACUCCCCCGCAUCCGCGGUCUCCUCCCAGAGCAUCGUGCGCCACGAGCAGCCCCUUGCUGUAGCCGCCCCCGUCGCCUACCACACUGCUCCCGUCGCCUACCAAGCCGCCCCAGUCGCCUACGCCGCUCCCGCCCGCUACUCGACCGCCGCGGCUGUCUCCUCACAGAACAUCAUCAGACACCAGCCAUCCAUCGCUGUCGCCGCUCCCGUCGCCUCUGUAGCCUACUCCUCCCCCGCCCGCUACUACUCUGGCGCCGCCCUCUCUUCCCAAAACAUUGUCCGUCACGGCGUAGUUGCCCCCGUCCAAUACGCAGCUCCCGCUCGCGUUGCCGUUGCCCACGCCGCUCCCGUCGUCCACGCCGCUCCCGCCCAUGUCGCCGUUGAGGAAUACGAUGCGCACCCCAGGUACGACUUCGCGUACUCCGUAGCCGACGGCCACACCGGCGACAACAAGUCCCAGCACGAGAGCCGCGACGGUGACGUCGUGCACGGCGAGUACUCGCUGCUUGAGGCUGACGGCUCAGUGCGCCGCGUGGAGUACACCGCUGACCCACACAACGGCUUCAACGCUGUGGUCUCCAACUCCGCGCCCGCUCACGCCGCUCCCGUCGCUCAUGCUCCAGCUGCAAUCCUCGCUCACCACUGAUCUAUCACAGAAAAACGAAACAGUAGUUAAUAUAGUUAUCUAUUUAUAAUAAAUAAACUAACAGGUUA